UAACAUUGUCUCUAGUGUUGCUCUGCCCCUGUGAAGCACAGGUUUUUGCCGUGCUUCACGUGGGAGCUGUGGCGCCGCUACUGUACCGGUACCCUCCGAAGCUGUGGUGCCUGGUGGGUUGGCUCUCAACUCUGGGUGUGCUGGCUAGAAGAACUGAUUGGAAGUGGUUGAUUGUAGGAUUUGUUGGUGCCCUCUAGCUAGAAUCAAAACGCAGCUUCCCUUCAAAAUGCUCCACCUGGCUUCCGUGAUAAUCAAGUUCCUGGAAUAGCCCCUGACAGGUGCUUUUGGGUAACAGCCACGCAGCCCUCCACGGCAUCUUCAGCGUCAAGAUUGCUUCCAACAAGUUUAACAAAUGAAGUGCUGCACUAUACCGUAUGUAACGGGAUGCAUAGCUGGAUAGAUGUAGUCUAGCUAGCACCUUAACCGGAGUAACAGGUGCACUGUACCAGGUACCAGUCUCAGUCACCUGCCGCCCUUCAACCUUUCCAAUUAUUAUUGAUGCUUGAUGCCUCAAACCUGGCCAAGCUGCCAAGUUCAAUGCCGACGUCAUCAUUUGAGUUCACUGGAGAUGAUUUGGAAGGUUCUACGUGGGUUUUAGAUACGGUGGGGUUACUAGUAGCCAGCGCCAACCUCAGGAGGCAAAAGUUGCUGUCACGACAGUCGCGGUACUGUACAGCAUCACCACGACCACCCUCUGCCUUUGUGUUAGUCUCGAGCAAUAUUAACCCCAUCACCACUGCCGUAUCACCAUGAAGCCACCAAACGAGCAAACGGAGGACUUAGUCACAGGCACUGAUCCUGUGGAAGUCCCAGAUGAUGAUGCCAUACCGGUAGACCAACAGGUGCCGGCUUUGCUUCCCGUUCCUCGGGUUGUCGUCCCCGAUGAUUGGGCUCAGUCAACCGUGUCCUCCAUCACCAAUGUGAAUCCGGUAGCUUCCAUGUAUCCAGCUUUCCUCCAUGUAGAUCAAGAAGAGGCUCCUUCUUCCAGUAGAGUGGACAAUGAUCUUGCCUUAGAGAGUCUACAGGAACGCACAGCAAGGCAUCACGAACACCAGCAGCAAACUCUGUCACUACCCACAAUGGAAGACCGAGUGCUGGCCAAGGUGAACGAAGAGUCAGUUGCUUCCGAGAAUAUUCCCGAAAAAGAGAGUCAGCAGCAGAAAGAAUCAGAUGCUUUGAAAGAGUCUGAAGGCAUGAGCGCAAGGGGAAAAGAGUGCGAGUCGAAACAAUUGGGUGCAAUUGGAAAUGCGCAAGGAGGGGAUCUGAAAGUCUCAAAUCGAACAGCAAGCAGUGCCCGCUGCUCGUCCCGACCAAACGCCAAUGAUUCGCAAGUUCCUCAACCGCUGAUAUCACCAAAUGUUGCACUUCGAGUACUGCAGCACUUGGAGGAGGCAAUCACAGCGAUAGUUUCUGCAAGGGAGGAGCCUGGGGCAUAUGCAGAGGCAGGUCCCGGGAACAGCGCCGGAAUUAUACAACGUACAGGACAAGAUGGUUCAGAACAAGCAAAUACAACCAUUAUCACCUUGAAUAGAUCGGAAAAUGACAAUAAUCCAAGCCAACAGGAAGCAACGGAUAGUGGCUCCACUUCCAGCAGCCAGAAGGGAUUGGCAAGGGCCUCCUUGGUGCCUGAAAGACCGGAUCUACAAGUGGCGCAGAGAGUGGAUGGUGACGGUCCAAGCAGCAGAAGCAUCAAUACAAACCAAGGAAGGAAAACAGGCUUGUUUCCUGUUCUCUCCUGCUUGUUGAUUCUAAUCAUAGUGAUCAUCAUCCCGGUGUCGAUUAUCCUGACCAAUGAUAACCCAAGUGGAGCGGCACAUGACAGGGAAUCUCUGCGGACUGAGAUGGAACGAAGGAUUACACUUGCCUUUGGAAACGUCACAUCCCUUGACCUCAAUGAUGAUGACCCUUAUUCGAAGGCCUUGGAUUGGUUCCUCCAUGAGGACCCCAUCCAACUUGUUCCCGACUCUGACAACCUCGUUCAGCGAUUCAUUCUGGUCCUCUUCUAUUUUCAGACAACUGAGAAGUAUGGACUUUGGAAGACUUGUAAUCCGAAAAGUCGGCUCCUCCAAGAACUCAAUGAAACCAUCAAAACUGAUAUUUGCUAUGUUCGCCAGGUUUACCAAAUGACAAUUGUGUCUCCUUAUGAAGUGCUGGAGAUUCUGUCCUAUCAAUGGCUUUCCGGCCAACACGAAUGUGAUUGGGCAGGAAUACGAUGCAAUCGCACCAGCAAGAUUGUCACCGAAUUGCAUCUAUAUGAUUUCAACCUUACUGGCACAGUUCCAACAGAGCUUGCAAAGCUAGAUGGUCUGAAAGUUUUAGAAUUGCCAAGAAACUCACUCACCGGAACUCCGCCAUCCGAACUGGGUGUCAUGCAGAACUUGCAAGUGAUAAACUUGGAGUCCAAUCAACUGUCAGGAAUCCCAAUUCCCAACCAGUGGUUCCGUCUUUCUAACCUCAACCGGCUGCAGCUAGGAGACCAUGGACUAGAAGGGAAUCAUUUCUCACCCGCACCUCUGUCUUCCCGGAUUGGCCAGCUGACCAAGCUGCAAGUUCUCGAUCUGUCAUUUGCGGACACCACAGGAACGAUGCCUUCGGAACUAUUCCGGUUGACAGAACUGGGUGAGAUUCUCUUCUGGAGGAAUAACCACAUGACCGGCACACUCCCCACCGAGCUGGGGUUGCUGUCCAAGCUCAAGUUCUUCUCAGUGAGAGACACAUUGAUGGAAGGCACUCUGCCAACUGAGAUUGGAUUGGUAACAGAGCUGCGUGAACUUGACGUAUCAGGUGCUCUGUUCACGGGGUCACUGCCCAUGGAAAUCUACACUUCCUUGGAACGUCUGUGGGCCCUCGUAUUUUUUACAAAUGAGCUAUCGGGGACCAUCAGCAGCUAUAUUGGUGAUAUGCCCAUGCUUGCAUACCUGUUUGGCCAACGGAACUCUCUGAGCGGUACAUUGCCCACUGAAAUGGGCCGCUUGUCUCGGGCAAACCGGAUCGGUCUCAAUCUGAAUCGUUUCACGGGAACUGUACCCUCCGAGCUUUGUGCUCUCCGAGGCGGUACGAGGCUCAAGCGUCUCAAGGUAGACUGUCUCCCAACUUCUUCCACUGGAGUGAUUCCAAUCGUUUGCCCAGUUGGCUGUUGCACCAAAUGCUGCGAUCAAGAUACGGGCACUUGUCAAAAGGCAGAAGAGUAUUAGUUUGAACUGAUGUGCACUGGUGAUGGGAGCCAUUGGGUGAUGUAUGAAAGAUAGUGCAUGAGUAGGGAAUGGGGAUGUGUGCUGCAAGCGGGCACUUGCUGUGACAAUCUGCGCUAAUAAUUCCAAUUGAAACAAUCCACAGCAUUCAUUUGAAUGAUUCGAUCCAGCAUCCGAUUGAGAAUCGAACACAGACACUGAGAACGAACAAAAUUAAAAUGAGCUCCCGGUGCUGUAGGGAGAGUGAAAGGAGCCUUCUUUCAAUGGAUCGCUGAUUCCUGUUCAUUGGUAAAUCACAAACUCAAUAAAUCUAGUGCAGCCGUGUGAACAAUUAGGGAAAAGUGUACCAAAAAGCUUAAGAGUGCGCAGAUAUGUUGUCGAUCAGUCAUGAUGCCCGACUUUGGUCUCUGCGAGACGUUUUAUCCGAGGAGAUUUGCUGUUUUUGGGGAAGAGUAGAUACCUGAAGAGACAGUAUAUCACUAGGGUAAAACCACCUGGUCCAGCAAGUUUUCUCAUGCAGACUAUAGCAUAUAGACACUGCUGGAAGAUCAUGUGUUCACACCACCCAUCAGGACUCUGGUACUUGGGAUCCAACUUCCAUCGUGUCACCUUUUGAUUGAAAUGCUUUAAUUGAUGCAGCUUGUCAUUGGGGGCGUGAAGGAAUGAAAAGCCUGAUGCACUGUUGUCAUCUGUAUGCUCCACCAUCAAUUCAAUCCUGCUGUGAUAAUAGUCGCACACAGGAGUCGCCCAUGUAUCAAAGUCAUAUAGGGCAGCUCCUCCAAAACAGGAUUGCAUGUGGUACCUCUGAUCGUAUUUUGUUGGGCCUUCUAAUUUGCGAAGAAUAUCCCUCAACAACAAAGUCUGGCCAUGUUUGAUUUGUUCCAUAGGAUUCUGGGUCAGCCCCGUGAACCCCCAGGUUCCAUCCUCCAGAAUAGUCGCAAAGGUGUCAUAGUAAAGGCUCAGUUGCAACCAGCCAUUGAACACAUUCACAUUUUCAAUCCCAUUCGAACAGACAAUACUUCCAAUGCCAUGGGCCCUGUCAGUGGCAACCACUUCCAUGGCAUUCACCAGUGGUACAAUGGGUGGUAGACUCACCACGUCCAUAUCCACGCUGACCACAACAUCAUAGCCAUCAUGGUUCGCAUCCAAGAUUUGGCGUCGUUGCUCCGAUCGCAGCAUUGCGAGACGUUUAUAGCGACUAAACUCCUUGAAUUGUGCCAAGAACUGAUCCUUGUUCGUUCCUUCCUUUUGUGUACACAACUCAUUUUCGGAUUGUAAUGUUGGCUGGCACAUGUGCCCUUUUAAGAAUUGCAGUAGGUUGGAUUCAACAUUUGGAUCAUUCUUGGACUUGUAUAGCACAUGGACAUCCACAGUACUCUGAGUGUUGGAUUCAUGGAAAGCCCAACAUAGGUCUCCAACGGCCAGUAUGGCUUUGCUGCUGAGACUGAUAUUGCCAUGGUUGUCGGUGCCAAAGAAUUCCUCCAGAGUUUCUACCAGACCAACAAUUAGGAACCUUCGUGAUUCCUUUAUGUUUUCCAUGACAGCUUUGAGCUCUUUCUUUUCUUCUUCUUUGGACAACCUCAGUGAUGCAACCGUUCUCCAUAUUUCUUCCAAAUCCGCUCGGGUAGCUCGGUGAGAAAUGGCAUUCCAUAGGCAAAUGCAGAAGAUCCACAAAAGACAAGCCCAAAUCACCAAACAUAUCUUUUUGUUGGACAUCGAGCCGAAAUUCGGGUCGGCGGAUGGUGCCGCUGCUUCUCUUGAGAGUUGGCCCCGGAAGACUGAUGGAAUUAGAUGAAAGCAUGAAGCAACAAACAAAUACUAGCUAGCUAGUACCGAUAGCCGGUCCUGGCUUUCUCAUGUGCUGCCUCUGCGUAAUGUGCGGUGUCUGGAAGUGACAUUGGACACACGAGCGAUCUAUCUUCGGGCGGUCCGCUCCACCUUUGUCCAAGCGAAGCGAAUCUACGGUAGGGUCAGGGGAAAACCCGCAAGAUAGCGAAAAGGUUCGGAACAACAGCCAGCAA